AUGAAGUUCCUUCCCUUAAUCCUCCCCGUCGUCUUCGCCCUCUGCGCGCAAGCCGUAGAGUGGCACGCGCACUACCGCAUGACCUCCGACGAAUACCAGUCGACGGCCAAUUCUUACAUUGACCAAGGGUUCCGUAUCAAGUCAGUGAGCGGAUACGAACGCGACGGCGAAGACAACUACGCCGCGAUUUUCGAAAAGAACAACGGGGUCGCCUGGGUCUCGCACCACCGAAUGACUUCCGCCUCCUAUCAAGACAAGUUCGACAAGUACAUUGCAGAUGGCUAUCGGCUCCUCCAGGUCAACGGAUACACGGUUGGUGAUAAUGUCUACUUUGCCGCAGUCUGGGACAAGUCGCCCGCGCCUGGCGCGUGGGUGGCGCGCCACAACAUCGAUGCCGCUUCCCUGCAGAAGUACACCGAUACCUAUAUCGAGCAGGGGUACAGAGUGACACAUGUCAGUGCGUACGAGGUGAAUGGCGAGGCGCGCUUUGCGGCACUGUGGGAGAAGAUCAACGACGGGACCGCCUGGUGGGCGUGGGCGAAGAUGACCGCGGCGGAAUACCAGAAGAAGUUCGACACUUAUCUCAAGGACGGAUACCGCUUGAUCAACGUCAAUGGUUAUUCAAUUGGUAAUACGGUGUACUAUGCUGGCAUCUGGGACACCUCUGCAUCUGGCGCCUGGGUUGCCCGUCAUGGUAUGGAUUCGCCGACUUUCCAAAACUUGUUUGACGAGUACAAGGCUGCUGGCUAUGUGCUUCAGGUUCUGAGCGGAUACAAUACGGGAACUGCAGACCGCUAUGCUGCUCUUUGGAUCAAGCCUUAG